AUGAACAAGAAAUAUGAAAUUAACGAGAAAGAGAUUCCCACUGGUCAGCCGGAUGCUAAGAGAAGCAUUUAUGUUGCUGAGCAGGCAAUCCCUGUUGGGAACAACGGAGAUAUAGAAAACCCUAAUCCACAAGCUCAGAAUGCAGAAUUACAAGGUAUCCCAAUCAAAAGUCAAGGAGCAAGUCCUUACGGUCAAAACGUUAUAACAGCGGAUCAAGGCCCCGACUUUAUCGAUGACCCGGGACAAUUAACCCAUCCGGUUCCUUACGAAUGUAAAUAUUGUCACCACUCUGGUAUAACCAGAAUGAAUGUGGUAGCCACUAAGGAAAAGAAAUUAGUGAUUAUUUUCUUGAUAAUAUUCCUCUGCUGCUGACUAAUUCCCUUUAUGAAACAUCUGGACAGGUACGAACAUUACUGCACCAACUGUGACAAAUGAAUCAUGUAUUACCAAAUCAUGGGGCAUGAUUAAAGCGAGUAAACAUCUAUUGGGAUAGCAAACUUUGAAGGAUUUCAUAGUCUGAAGAUAUUU